GCUCACGAGGUCGAUGAGCAGUGUGUUGUUGGACGCCACGAUCUUGAACAGUCUCUUGGUCUGCUCGUUCUCGCGGCCGAAGAGCGCUCCCCGCGGACCCUUCUUCUCCACGUCCGUGUUGAGCUUCUCGAACUCCCUCAGAAUCGUCUCGCACUGGCGCUCGUAGAACUCCAGCGCCACCGUCUGCGAGAGCACACCGGCAAUGACGUGCACAUUGAUGUGGUCAAUCUCCCGCACCAGCACGUUGUUCUCCACCAGCGUGCUCCACUUCUGCUGCGCCGGGUCUCCAACCAGCAGCAUCUCCUCCUCAUGGCCACGCAUCUCGAACACGUCACUGCAGAAGCGCGUGGCGUGCUUAAUCAGCGUGUUCACCAGCGCCUGGUCGCAGUUGAAGAACACCACCGCUCCAUAGUCGAAGUACACCACCCACUUAUCCGUGGCGCGUCUCGACGUGACGGUCUUGCCGCCUGCGCCGACGCUGAGCUUCGUCGUGUCCGCGUUGCUGUUGUUGCUGCCGUGGAUCUGCACCGGUGGUGGCGCCACACCCGUGACCAGACCGGCAUGACCAUUGUUCUUGCUGCCACUGAGCCUCAACACGAUUGAGUCCUUGUGCAGGUAGUGCGUCACCUUGAAGCGGUCCGUGUAGAGCUUCUGGAAGAGGCUGGCGAUGUCCAUCUUGCGCGCGAUGUGGACGGCGCGGAUGGGCAUGUGCUGGACCCUUUUGGCCAUCUGUUGGCUCUGCGCCUGCGCCUCCGCGGCUGCGAUGGUGGCGUCCACCUCGUCCGCCGUGGGCAGCGGCGGCAGGUCCACGCCCAGACCCUGCAGCGUCACGUUCGAAGAUGUAGCCAUCCCUCUCCGCUCGUGGAAGGACAGCAGACAGGAUCCCGACGCCCUGGACACUCGCGAAGACGAUGCAGAGCCGAUGGACGCCCCGCGAGCGGCGCAGCGCGCGCCCACACGCCGCAGGAACAUGGCGCCCGAGAGGUCUGCUCUGCACUUGAUGGAUGCAGCGGCUGUGGCUGUGGCUCGACAUCGUCGAGCUGCGUAUCGUUAGUGUGUGCCACAUUUAUGAUAUAUGUGCGCCACACAACUCAAGUCCGCCAAUCAGCGCGCGCAGCCUAUCCGCCUGAUACAGCACGUCAUUCAUUCGCAAAGGUAGUCGUCUAAGAAGUGUAGCCAUGUCGACGGAGCUGGCCGUGCAGGCGUUCCCGGAGGAGCCCGUGCCGCUCAUCACGUUCAGCGAGGACGAGGACCAGCUCAAGGUGAACGACGAGGCCGUGGGGCUGCUGCACCGCAUCGACGGCCACGUCGCCGUCGUGGCCAUGGCGGGGCUCUACCGCACGGGCAAGAGCUCCAUGCUCAACUGGCUGCUGGGCCGCCAGAGCGGCUUCCGCGUGGGCCCCACCAUCGAGCGCUGCACGCGCGGCAUCUGGCUCUGGGGGCAGCCGCAGCGCCACGUCAUGGCCAACGGCGAGCCCGUCUGGGUGCUCAUGCUGGACACGGAGGGCAUGGGCGGCCUCGAGGCCUCGCAGCAGUACGACGCGCGCAUCUUCUCGCUGGCCACGCUGCUGUGCUCCAAGCUCAUCUACAACAGCCAGGGCAGCGUGGACGAGAAGGCCAUCAGCGGGUUGAGCUUCAUCGCCAACCUGGCCAAGCACGUCAAGGUCAGCGCGUCGGGCGACGGCGAGGACGAGGACGCCGUGCAGUUUCACAGCUUCUUCCCGUCCUUCCUCUGGGUGGUCAGGGACUUCACGCUCGAGCUCGUGGACGAGGACGGAGACCCCAUCUCCAGCAGCGACUACCUCGAGAGAGCGCUGGCCGACCAGCCUCGCACCCCCGCCAACAUGGAGCGCAACCGCAUCCGCGCCAUGAUGAAGGACUUCUUCCGCGACCGCGACUGUGUCACGCUCGUGCGUCCCGUGCACGACGAAGCCAAGUUGCAGCAGGUGGACGCCAUGCCCAUCGAAGAGCUGCGCCCCGAGUUCCAGCAGCAGCUCAGCGACGUCAAGCAGAUCGUGUACGGCGACAGUCUGCAGCCCAAGAUGCUGCAGGGCAAGCCGCUCAACGGCAGCAUGUUCGCUGGCUUGCUGCAGGCCUACGUGGCAGCUAUCAACAGCGGCGGCGUGCCUGUUAUCACGUCCGCGUGGGAAGGUGUGACUGCCAGCGAGUGCCGCAAGGCCAUGUCCACUGCUGCCGACGCCUUCAAGAAGAGUCUGGCCGCGCUGGACCUGCCGCUGGAUGACGAGGACCUCGUUGAAGCCAUCAAGGAGGCCGAGGAGCAGGCCGUGGCGCAGUACCGCGCUGCUGCUAUCGGUGACAGCGCCUCGAAGCUGGAGGUCAACCUACGCAAGCGCAUGGACGACGACAAGGCUGUGUGUGCACGCAACAACUCGGCGCAGAGCAAGGAGAUGUGCGACCGCUUGCUGCAGGUGCUGUACGCCGAGCAGAUCCAGCCCAAGCUGGCCGCUGCCAGCGACGACGACUCCGGUGGCUUCGCCGACAUUCAGCAGUUCUCGCGCGAGUGGCAGGCUUUCCGCGACGCGUACCUGGCCAAGGCCCGCGGUGGCGCCAAGCUCGAGUGCUUGCUGAGUUUCUCGGAAGCCAAGUACGCCGAGGCCAUGCGGAUCCUGCUGAGCCGACAGGAGGAGGGCUACGAGAAGGAGAUCCGGACACUGCAGGGCGACGUGUCCAAGGUCAAGGAGGAGCUGGGCAGCGUCGGCGGCCGCGAGCAGAUUUACAAGGAGCAGAUCGAGCAGAUGCAGCUGCAGUCGUCGCAGAUCAUGUCCGAGAAGGCGCGCUUCGAGGCCGAAGCCGAGACCCAGCGCGAGCGCAUUGCCAACCUCGAGAGUUUGCUGCAGGACGAGGCCGCCACCAAGCAGCACGUGGAGAUCGAGCGCGAGUCCGCGGGUCUCAAGCUCACGAGCGAGACCAAGAAGCGCGAAGAGGUGGACAGCGAGCUCUCGCGCAUGAAGGCCGAGUACGAGCGCGUGGUGCAGGAGAAGGAGCGGCAGGAGAUGGAGCUCAACCUGCUCAGCGAGGAGUGCCAGCAGCUGCGCAAGGGCCAGACCUGCGGCUGCACCAUCUCCUAAGUCUAUUGUGACCAGGCGUACCAGUCCUUGUCAAUUUCCACCCUCGACGUGAUGCAUAUCCUAGAUAACACCAGCAACACAUUUUCCCCUUAAACCCGCAACACAUUCUCUAAACCCACGGCAACUUUUUUCUCUAAACCCGUCAUCCGAUUGCCUUAAGUGAAAAAAGAAGAAAGCUGUUGCUGUUGCUGUCGCAGUUGCCGUCCCUAUCGCUCUACAGCGGACGGCGGUUGGGCGUCAGCGGCGACACGUAGGCCUUGAGCUGCAAAAAUGCAAAUGCAACAUUUAACACCAGGUUAGAGAGUGCUAAAGGGAGUUUAGGGGGUGGACUGGCAGGCUUUACCUUAAAGCCCGUGAGGUCGGGCACCUCGAGCUGCAGCAGCUUAUCCUGGUCCACCACGUAGCGGCCGCGCUUGGCGUGCGUGCCCUCGUUGCGGCAGCCGUUGCCCUUGUAGAAGCGGCGGUUGGCGCGCUUGCUCGUGAGCGGGCGCAGCGAGUGCGAGCGCCCGAACUUGCUCUUGCGCGCGAAGCCCGUGAUCAGUCCGUCCAGCAGGCCCAUGCUCCUCGAUGCUCGAUGUGAUGUGCGGCUGCCAGUAAAAUAGUGCCAAAAGUGGUGUGCGGUACACGAAUUGGAUGGCAAUCCCUAUCCUAUCAUUUGGCAUUGGAUUUUGUAUGCUGAAUGAUAGGUCGAUAAGUUGAAGUGCACUUCAACUUCGUUUCCUGCUAUGUAUGUCCCUGGUCUGUUGCCGACUUGUAUCUAUCUGUUCACCAUUGACGACCCAGCGGAGAUGAACUUCUUGGCGGCCACGACCCAAUCGAUCAGGUCGCUCUGGCUCGGACACUGGAAUGUCAGCGUGCGGGAGACCCCGACGCGCAGCAUGCUGCCCAGCAGACCGGACGGCGGACUCACCUCCGUGAUCUCGAAGCUGGGCGUCGCGCUCUUGCCCAGGAUCUCGAUGCGGCAGUUGGUUAAACACACCGACUGGCUGUUCACGUCCGUCGUCUGCUCGUUCGUGGAGAUGGCGGCCAGCAUGGACUCCGUCGACUCCAAGAUGGAGCGCGUUGUGUUCUCCUUCAGUUCUAGCAAAUGCAGACGCCCAUCUUGAGUGAUGACGCACAGCACGUCUUUCCACGAGGAAAACAGCGACCCGCUCACUUGGUUCUUCAGGAACCCACA